AUGGGCGCGUUCAAUUUCUUCCGAGUUCUGGGUGACUUGUCCCACGCCCUCUCCAAAUGCAUCCUCAUCUUCGCCAUCCAUCGCAACCGAAGCGCUGAGGGCGUCUCCCUCAUCACGCAGAUCCUCUACGCCCUCGUCUUCUGCACCCGAUACCUCGACCUUUUUAUCGAGACUUUGCCAUGGAACAUCGUAUUCAAGAUCUUCUAUAUUAUAUCGUCUAUUUAUAUCCUUGCUAUCAUGCAAUGGAUCUACCCUCGAUCCCGCGAGCGUGAGAUGGCCUGGAAGAUUGGUGCCGUCAUCCUCGGCGGCUCCUUCAUCUUGUCCCCCUUCAUCAUGCUCAUUUUUGAGAGCCAUAAGGGUUUCCGACCUUGGAUGUGGGUAUUCUCCCAGAUCCUCGAGUCCGUUUGCGUUCUUCCCCAGCUUCUCCUCCUGAGACAGACGACCGUUCCCACCGUUAUCGACUCCUUCUACCUCGUUGCUCUCGGUUCUUACCGCGCUCUCUACUGUAUCAACUGGUUCAUCCGCGAGUUCGAAAUGCACGGCAAGAAGCCCAACACCGUUUCUGUCAUCUUUGGCCUGAUCCAGACUGCUUUGUACAUCGACUUUGCUUGGGUUUACUACACCCGCCAGCGCGUCAAGCUCCGCGGCGGCGGUAUUGUUGACGCCGACGAUAUGAGCCGCGGAUGGCUCCUUCGUCGCAUCUUCGGCAAGCGCUUUGCGAACAACGAGGAAGAGGAUGAGGAGAACAGUCCUGGUGGCUUUGACGAUGACCAGGGUGGCAACCGACGCGGGGCUCGUCCCAAGUGGGGAGCUCGUGGUAUUUCAGUCAGCGCCGAUGAUGGUGUUCUUGAGCAGGACCGACAUAACCGCGACCAGGACGAGUUUGGCGGUCCGGUCGACCCAGAUGCUAAGAUGCAGGACCCCGAUGAGCUUGCGCGGGCUCUCGACGACGAUGACGAUGAGAACACACCUCUACGACCUGGUCAAACAGAAGGCCAACCCAGCGGUCUUCAGGGCGGCGAGGGCUGGCGCGACUAA